GCCCCGCCGCAGCCGCCGGGCACCGAGCAGGCGGCGGCGCACAUGGAGGCGGCGGCGACGGCCCCGGCCCCGGCCCCGGGCGGCGGCCCCGGUACCCUCCUGCUCUGCCUGGCCCUCGCCUCCGGCUUGGCGUUUUUCCGUUGCGUGGGUGCCGACGCCAACGUCACCGCCGGGCACGGCACGGAGGGGCUGGCCUGCGGCACAGCCGAGAGCUGCACGGGGAACAUGACGCAGCUGCGGCGGCAGGGUCACUUCUCCAGGUGCCCGGAGGAGUACAAGCACUACUGCGUCAAAGGGAGAUGCCGCUUCCUCGUGGCCGAGAACACGCCAGCUUGCGUGUGCGAGCGGGGCUACACGGGGUCUCGCUGCGAGAGGGUGGACAUCUUCUACCUGCGAGGCGACCGGGGCCAGAUCGUCAUCAUCUCCUUGAUCGCCGCCAUCGUCACCCUCAUCAUCCUCGUCGUCUGCGCCUGCCUCUGCAGUCACCACUGUCGGAAGCAGCGGAGGAAGAGAAAGGCGGAAGAGCUGGAGACCUUGAACAAGAAUUUGCCUUCCAGAAGCGAGGACGUGCUGGAGACGGACAUUGCGUGACGGAGUUCCAGGUACCCGCGGGCGGGUCCCGGAUGGCGGCACCGGCUGGCUCCACGGGCAAAAAACAACGGCUUGAAUAAAGGGGUGACGGAAAGGUGUCCCCGUGUCGCCGUGGUCCUUACGGUCCCCCCCAAACCCCGCUACCGGGGAGGGGCGGUGUUUCCCUCCGCGUCCGCCAGGGGGCGCCGCAGCGCGGGGGGCGGGGCCGCGGCGGACACGCGAGGCUUCAAAGGGCCCGGCCGGCCGCCAGGGGGCGCCGCAACAGCGGCAGGCGCGGGCGGAAGCGGGCGAGGGAGAGGCGUCCUGGUCCCGGUCCCGGUCCCGGUCCCGGUCCCGGUCCCGGUCCCGGUCCCGGUGCCCAUCUCCGGGCCGCCCGGGGGCCGUGCUGGGGCCGCUUCUCUGGGCCGAGCGGACACCGGCACCUCCGGCCCCGCCGCUGCCCCGGGCGCGGCUUUCACGGCAACGGGGGGCAAUGGCGGCUCCCGGGCUCGGAAAAUCAGGGAAAAAUGGGGCAGAACCGGGGCCUUCUCUCCGCGCCGCUGCCCGCUCGGCGCCGCCUGAAGCUCCGCUCCCUGCCCCGGGGGCGGCGGCUGAGGCUCGGCCGGGGGGCACCGGCAGCUCCCGGCUUCCGCCGCGGGCUCAGCCCCAGCUCCGACCGUGACCCGGCGACCGGCCGGGGGGGCUGCGGUACCGGGGGGAGACGGGGUCCGGCGGGGCCGGGGGUCUCCCGGGGCGGCCGGUGACCCCUCCGGCCGCCGGCACCGGCCGGUUUCUCUUCCUCGGCCCUUUCCCGGAGCGGCCGCCGGCGGGACGGACCCCUCGGAGCGCUUCUUUUUCAGCUGGAAACGUGCCGCGGAGGGAGCAGAGGCCGCCGCAGGGACCCGUCGGCGGCCGGUGGAGCCGGGCAGGGGCAGCGGGGGCCGCCCCGGUGCCGCCCGUCCCUCGGUCGGUGCCGGCGGCCCCGGCGAUGCCCGUGGCCGUGCCCCGGCGUGGGGAGGGCUCAUCCCGGCGACGGGACGGACGGACGGACGGAGGAGCCCUGGGAAGGAGCCGGGCUGCCUGCGCCGAGGACAGGGGACACCCCAACCCGCGCCCCCCCGGAGACCCUGCGAGGACGGCAGCGCUCCAGCUCCGUGCGGCUUCAGGUCCUGCUUCUGGACGGCUCCAGCUCAUUGCGGCUCCAGCUCAUGGGUGGCUCUGGCUCAUUUCAACUCCUGUUCCUUGUGGCUCCAACUCAUUUUCACCUUCAGUUCUCUUCCCCAUCACAGUGGGGUGAGCGCAGGACUGUGUGGUGCUCAGCUGCUGGCCAGGCUCAGCCACACCACUUUCUGCACCCAUUUUUUCAAGGUCCAGCGUCUGAAUGGCUCCAGCUCAGUUUACUGCUUCUGCCCAUCUCCAGUUCAUUGAUGGCUCCAGCUUGUUUGAUUCUGCCCCAGCCCAUCACAGCUUGUGCUUGUUCAACUGCUCCUGGCUUUUGGCCAGGUCGUAAAUCAAUCACUGUCAUGGCCUGUAUAUGAAUAUGAACUGUCAUAAUUGUACACGUGUUGCCUAAUGAGCGUGUUUAUUGUUCAAUGACUAGUCCGGUGAAUAAACAGUUGGACUCUCAAA